AAAUAUCCACUGGCAUGUUUUAUACAGCUUACUACACCUUCACCACCCCGGACUGCAGCCCAACUCCUUUUGCUGUGAAAUAUCUUUUACAUUAUUAACCAGAAAGCGGAGGGUUAAUUAAAGGUAGCUUAAUUCCCCUUUCUUGGACCGCCUAUAAACUAAGAAGAAUAAAGAAACGAUUACCGUUAUUAUUCAUUUUGUUGACUAAAAAACGGUCGCUCCUGCAGAAGUUCUGUCACAUCUUGCACAAACAUUCGGAAAAACGGACCACAGAGAUCAGUCAACAAGGUCAACUUUGAAUAAGUUUCUUUGUUACCGUUUGCACAGUGAAGGGAACUUGCAGAUAAAAACACAGCAGGCUCAGUAGCCGAGUUUCAACGGCAUCAUCCUCCGUUUCUUCUACGCAGUGGUCGAACUUUUACGCACUGUUGUCUCGGAGUCACCUUUAUCAUGACGCGAAGAUCUUGUGCGAUAUAUGGAGUCGGGAUUGUUUGCGCCAGUCUACUGAUCAUCGGGAUUGGCUUGGUUGUGACUCAAGUAUUUCAAACUUUGAUCCAUAACCGGUUAAAAAAGGAGAUAACUCUGACAGAGGGUAGUCGUGUGUUUGAGACAUGGAAAAACCCUCCUCCUCCCGUCUUCAUGCAAUACUUCUUCUUCAACGUUACCAACCCAGAUGAGUUCCUGGAUGGAGCCAAGCCUGUCGUCUCUCAGGUCGGCCCUUACACAUACAGGGAGUACAGGCCCAAAGAAAAUGUGACGUUUGUAGAUAAUGGGACCAGAGUGUCUGCCUACCAGCCCAAGACAUUUGUGUUCCUGCCAGAGCGCUCUGUAGGUGAUCCUGAUUAUGACAUGAUCACAACCAUCAAUAUCCCAGCUGUGGCGGUGAUGAACAAGGUGAAGGAUAGUUUCUGGAAGAGUUCGAUGGUAUCUAUCUGGAUGAAUUCACUUCAUGUCGGCAUGUUCAUGACGCGCUCCGUCAACGAGCUGCUGUGGGGCUUCAAGGACCCUCUGUUGUCCCGCAUCCAUCCCAUGAACCCAGAGAUCGACGAGUACUUUGGCCUCAUGUACAAGAAAAAUGGAAGCAACGAUGGUGAAUUUGUUUAUCAUACCGGGGAGGAGGACUUCAUGAACUACGGCAGGGUAGCCACGUUUGAAGGAGAAAGUAAACUGAGCCUGUGGACGUCUGAGCAGAGUAAUAUGAUCAACGGUACAGACGGCAGUGCCUUCCACCCCUUGUUGUCCAAGACGGAGAGACUGUACAUCUUCAGUCCUGACCUGUGCAGGUCCAUCUUCAUGGAGUUUGAGAAAGAUGUGAAGGUGAAGGGGCUCCCAGCGUAUCGUUUCACCCCUCCUCGUGAUGUCCUGGCAAGCAAGGAGGAGAACCCAGCCAACGAAGGAUUCUGUGUCUCCCCCAAAGAGUGCCUGGGCACCGGCUUGCUCAAAGUCAGCGUAUGCCGAAAAGGUGCUCCAGUCGUGACGUCCUUUCCUCAUUUCUACCUGGGAGAUGAGAAGUACUCUAACGCCAUUGAAGGACUGGAUCCUGUCAGAGAGCAUCACCAGACCUACCUGGACCUGAACCCGACCACUGGUGUUCCUAUCCGGGCCAGUAAGAGAGCUCAGAUCAACAUUCUCAUCAACAGAAUCGGUGGCUUUCCGAAAACCAAAUCCCUAAACGAGACCAUCUUCCCUGUUAUGUUUAUCAAUGAGACGGUAGUGAUUGACGACGUGUCGGCGGCGAAGCUCCACAAACUGUUGCUGAUGGUGAUGCUGGUGUCCAACUCCCCUCUCGUCCUGGUUGGUCUGGGGGCCAUCCUGCUGCCGGUGUUCAUCGGCCUCAUCGUCUGCGAAUACAAACAGAAGAAGUCAACAAAGGAAGACACAUCUUAUUCCCCCGUGAGCAACAAGGAGGGUGACGAAAAAAAUGGCAGCAGCUACGUUGCCUUGACUCCCGUUAUUGACAAGUCUUGAGGAGGGAAUGGGAAGGGUUUAUGGAGAGACAGAUGUAGGAUCUUAAUAUGAACCAGUUUGCUACAGCAGUAAAAUAAUCCUGCUGCAACAGGAAAUGUGAAUUAUGUGGAUUAUAAUUAAUGGACAUUUUUGUAGGGUUUUUAAAAGUCAAAAACACUGCAAGUUUGCAAUUCUCAGAAACAAAAGAGUGAUCAAAUUACGAUCCUACAUCUGUAUAUCAUAUAUAUCAGUGUGAGUUGCUGUUCAGGGCUGGAUCGUUGUAAAUCAUUGUGGCACUAGUUAGACUACUUUGAUAUGUCUUCGUUUUUUUGUUUUGUUACUUUGUUUAUUUGGAUCUGGUUCAACCCACAAAAUGGGGCUAAUCUUCCCGAAGUCCCUGUUUAACCCACACAAUGGGGCUAAUCUUCCCGAAGUCCCUGUUAAACCCACAAAAUGGGGCUAAUCUUCCCGAAGUCCCUCUUAACCCACAAAAUGGGGCUAAUCUUCCCGAAGUCCCUGUUAAACCCACAAAAUGGGGCUAAUCUUCCCAAAGUCCCUGUUAAACCCACAAAAUGGGGCUAAUCUUCCCAAAGUCCCUGUUAACCCACAAAAUGGGGCUAAUCUUCCCGAAGUCCCUGUUUAACCCACAAAAUGGGGCUAAUCUUCCCGAAGUCCCUGUUAACCCACACAAUGGGGCUAAUCUUCCCGAAGUCCCUGUUUAACCCACACAAUGGGGCUAAUCUUCCCGAAGUCCCUGUUAACCCACACAAUGGGGCUAAUCUUCCCGAAGUCCCUGUUUAACCCACAAAAUGGGGCUAAUCUUCCCGAAGUCCCUGUUUAACCCACAAAAUGGGGCUCAUCUUCCCGAAGUGUUGACAUACAGUACAUCGCCAAUUUGACCAGCUGUUUCAAACAUUAUAUAAAAUAUAAACUGUUUGAUACCUUUUAUUCAACAUUUUGUAAGAAAAAAAGGCUUUAUAAAUACAUUUGAUUGAUUGAUUGAUUGAUUGAUUGAUUGAUUGAUCUAAUGUUGCCUAAAGUGGAGCUGAUUGAAUUGAACCCUUAAUCUGUAUCUGGGAAACCACCCCUGGGUGUGUGUCCUAAAGAUGUGUCCUUAAGAUGUGUCCUUAAGAUAUGUCCUAAAGAUAUGUCCUAAAGAUGUGUCCUAAAGAUGUGUCCUAAAGAUGUGUCCUUAAAAUGUGUC